CUGCUGAUCGUUCUAAAUUGGGAAGCCCUCGUACAGGUGCCCACGUCGACUUGUCUCUGGGAUUAAAUUAAUAUUAUUGCCAUCCCACCUGGUCUUAUUUCAGAACCUUAUCGACCCUGUCUGCACCCCGAAUCACACUCUCACACUCCUCGGCGGCGCUUAGUUGCUCGUCUUCUGCCUCUACCUCGUCUUCUUUCUUAUUCUUCUGCCUCCUUCUUCCCCUCCUUCCUCGGCUCACCUCGUGUGUUUGGGGGCCUUCGCCAUGCUCGCCACCCCGAUGACCCCGCAAUCCUCCCACCCGACUUCUUCUUCUUCCUCUUCCAACAUGGCCUGCAGUGCCAAUUCUCGCACUCUCUCCUCCAGGCCCAAGCUCACCCUCCAAACCACCUCCCUCCCCCGAACCUUUGGCACAUCCUCGACGGGCUUGUCCCUCACCCUGACCACUGGGCCCACGGCAUCUCCUACCGUCCGCAACACCUUCAAGAAUGCCUACGAAGUCGCUAGCCCUCCAUCCGCCACCGCGUCCCCCUCGUCCAAAUACGCCAACAACCGCCUCAGCAAGCCUUCGUCGCCAUACACCACACAUAACCCCUACCAACUGCCGCUGGGGGUCAAGAGUAUCCUACGCAACUCGCCGCUAGAGCCGAGCUGCCGCCGCCGGGCUGGUUCGGUGGCCACCACCGGGCCGAAUGGUGGACCGAGCGCCCGGCGCGUCUUCUUUCCGGCCAAGAAGCAAGUCAGUUAUCGCUGGCCGCUGGAGGAGGAAAUCAAGACCGUGCACUUCACCGCUCGCCACUCUGAUCUUCACCAUGACCCUCUCCCCGCUCCUCAGCUGCCUGAGCCUGCCCCCUCAGAUGAGGAUUCCGACUCCAAUGCGAGUGUGGGACCUUCGGAUACCAGCACCUCUGAGGAUGAGCCCGAGACCGGUACAGGAAAGACGCCCUUGUCUCCCGUCAAGCGAAAGAAGCGGAAACUUCCGAAUGCCGACAGGCAGAUUCGGGCCGUGGCCCUGAUGGAUGGAAUCGCAGCCAGCCACAACCAAGACACCAUGACGCCGCAGACGCCGUGCAGGAAACGGGCCAAGCGUCGCUGCGAAUGGCGAUGGACCCUGGGGCCGUUAGAGAAUCGUGAAACCCAGCUCCAUCCCGUCCCAGAUGAGACUGUUGCUACCUCAUCCGCGUCCCAGCCUGAAACGAUACCGCUGGAGUCGGAAACCGAGACCCCCUCGUCUGCCCCGUCCUUGUCCAGUGCCAGUACUACCCUCUACCACUCCAGUCCCAGUUCAUCUGUCGCUUCGGAUCUGGAGCACAUGACUCACGACCUUGGAUGCACGCAUGCCGAUCAAUGACUAUAACCCAUGCCUUGGGAUGACCCCCUUGCAUUGAUGAUCACGACUUAUGCAUAUAGACGGCAGAUGAACCCCACAUUCAGCAUUACCCUGUCCUAUACAUAGCUAUCUACUCUCGACUUCAUUCCUUUCUUGGUUCGGUCGUGCCUUGAAUGUCCGGGACAUUCAGGUGCUACAAUGAUGUCAUCUACGUAUACCUACCGACCAAGUUUUUCUUCCCUUCUUUAUACAUAUACAUUUAUUUACUUCCAAUAAUACAUACGUGCAUGCAUAGAGAAUGCGUUUGACGCCAGAUUACAUGGCACCCAUCUAUCUAUCUUGGACUAUUCCCCACGCAGCGACGUCGAUCCCAGAUGCGUCCUCCUGACAGCGCUUAAUAUAGCAAGCUGUGGAGACCCUGGUACGGUUGACUUUGGUCGAUCACUUGUAGCGUCAUCACUAGUGAUAGAUGCGCAGAUGUGCAC